AGCUCCAGCUUUUAGGUCCCAUGGAGUUGUUCUAUUUUCCUCUCUACUCCUUUCAAUGCACCUGAAAAAUUUCUCCUUUUUCUGCUUUUUAAACCCAAAAAAGUUUCCUACCUUGAUGAAUUGGAAAGAUAAGGAAUUGAUUUUCAUUCCGUUUUUGGAAUUUAGUUGAAGGUUUUGAAUUCUGGGUUUCUUCUUCUCACUGGAAAAAAACGUAAAAGAAGAAGGAAAACUUAGUUUAUUUUUUCUUUUUUGUUUGGUGGUUCUUGUAGAAAAUGCCGCCACAUCGAUCCAAGACGGAGAAGAACGACGGCCUGGCCAAGCAUCUUCGUCGAGAUCCGUAUGAGGUGCUUGGUGUCUCCAGAAACUCAACGGAUCAGGAAAUUAAGAGCGCAUACCGGAAAAUGGCUCUAAAGUACCAUCCUGAUAAGAAUGGAAAUGAUCCUGUUGCAGCUGAUAUGUUCAAGGAGGUCACGUUUUCUUAUAAUAUCUUGUCCGAUCCAGAUAAAAGACACCAGUAUGACGCCGCUGGUUUUGAGGCUGUUGAAGCUGAUAACCAAGAAUUGGAGCUAGAUCUUUCAAGUUUGGGGGCAGUGAACACCAUGUUUGCUGCACUUUUUGGUAAACUUGGUGUGCCGAUUAAGACGACUGUAUCUGCAACCGUUUUAGAGGAGGCACUUAAUGGUGCAGUCACCAUUCGCCCACUUCUGCUGGGGCAACCUAUUUCUAGGAAGGUUGAAAAACAAUGUGCUCACUUCUACUCUGUCGCAAUAGCAGAAGAAGAAGCAAGAGAUGGGCUCGUUUUCCGAGUACGAUCAUCUGACAAAAGCAAGUUCAAGUUAUUGUAUUUUGAUCUAGAAGAGACUGGUGGAUUAAGCCUUGCACUGAAGGUAACGAACUCCCUUCCGCUUUUCUCUUUUUAGAAUUCGCAAAUUAUCCGUUGUCUAUGUUGCAUAACGAGUU